AUGAUUAUCAAAUCUGGAGGGACUACUUUGCAAACAGCUGAAGUAAUUUUCCACGCUAUAUUUGGGACAUAUCUGGAAGACAUCGGAGUUCUUGGAGAAAUAACCACCAGGGGAGGCUGGUCUAAGCGAAAAGCUCUGAACCCAGUGUUUAAUGAUAGGAGCAAGCAGCAUGCAAUCGUUGUCACACCCAUUGUACACAAAUAUGUAUCAAAGAUGGCACAAUCACUCCUAACAAAGACAUUGGGAAACACUGAACCAUGUUACACUACAAGACCUUCUUUCAACGGCAAGAGGAAGAGGACUUUUAACGAAGCUUUCAAAUCAUACUUGGACUCAGGCAAAGUUAUGUCAUCCUACUCAUCCGACCCUAUACAACUGCAGCUGGCCCUUAGAAAAUUAAAGGACGAAUUACGGAAAGACAUGGACGCAGGAAAAUUGGAGGAUGUUGGAAACAAAAAUUGGUUGGAGAAGAAUGCUGAAGGAGUUUGGGUGGCUUCUGAAAAGGUUCCUACUGACAAAGGAAUAUCUUUCUGGGGACCGGGAGACUCGGUUUGA